AUACAUUUAAAAAUGUAAAUCAAUAAACAAUAAAUAAAACAUUAAAACUAGCUUAUAACAAUGAAUUCUUUUAAGAACAAAAUAAACUAUGAAAGCCCAUGCGACUCAGACAAUGAUUGGACAAAUUCUUCAGAAGAAUCAAAAUACUCUGAUUCAGAAAGUUCGGUCCCAGAUUGGGAUUCGGACAUAGGUGAGGAUGGAGAACUUGUUUAUGUAAAAAUAAAAAGUAUCACUAAACCAGCAGAUGACGCGAAGGCGCCGCUCUUAGAAAAUUGUGAGGCUUUUAAAUUAAGGAGCGAUUUUAAAAGGUCCUCCACUAGACGUUCUACUAAAGGUAGAAUUUUUAAAGUAUUGAAAGCACGAAAAGUGAUAAACAAAGGAAAUGGAAAUGAAAAGAAAAAGGAUGUUGAGGAUAAUAACAAAUUUGUUAUCAUACAGGUUAGCAAAAAUAUGAUAUUUAGUAGUGAAAAAAAUUGUCAAAUAGAAAAACUCUUUGGAAUUAGUGUAGAAACACAUGCAGAUGGCAAAACGUUAGUAGUUGCUGAUUUCUUACCUGAAUCAAAAGCGAUAUACACUCCAAAAGUGAAAACAGGAUUUCAUUUACAUAAAAUAAAUGGUAUUGAGGUCACAUCCUUCAAUAUUAAUAAUGUUCUCCAAAGGGUCAUUGAGGAUGUUGACAAUCCUAAAUUAACAUUUCAAGUAGUCACAGAAGGUUAUAACUUAGAUAUUGAAAAGUUACUGACAUCAAAGAGCACACCAGAAAAUUCUUUAACUCAAAUAUUAAAAGAUGCUAUGUGUUCAGUACUUUAUAUAUGCUGCAAUGAUGUAGAAUAUCAAAGUAAUGAUGAUAAAGGUGUCCUUUAUUGUUUUCCUAGGCCGUUUAAUCAAAACUUUCUGUAUAACACAAGAGGUGCUUAUUUGACCCUUAACCACUUAGCCCCUAAAUCUUUGGGCACUAGUGAGCCUACUGUAUCCACUGUCUUACAUAAAAAUCAACUAAUAAACAUUACAUAUGCAUCUCAUUACAGUGAUUUGCUCUUGGUUGCAAUACCAAGUGGUGAAAUUGAUGUGUUUGCUGCUAAAAGAGUAAUAAAUGAUAUAGUUCGUGUUUUAGAAUUUUUGUAUGGCUCAUUGAAAACAUGCUUUACGAAACCAAAUAAUGUUGAUAAAUUAGAUGGUUUGUUUUCCCGUUUUUUUGUAACACUAUUAUUUGGAAGUAUCGGUGCAGAUAAAAGUAAGAGCAUGAGUACAAUGCAUGGAAGUUCAUAUUUUGAAGAGUUAUUGGCAGCUCAAGUAGUGUCCUUACCCUUGGAAGUUAAAAUUCAAGUAGAUGAUGCCAUAACAGAAUUAGAGGCAGCAGAUUAUAGAGAGUGGAUUGAUGAUGUUGAAAAUUUUCAAAGACUAUAUACAGUAAUAGGAUCCUGUUUAUAUUACUCUGGGCAUGUAUUAAGCUCACAUUUAGAAGAUGAAGAUUUAAAAGAAGUUAACGCAUAUUUGAGAUUAAAUGGAAUAUUGAAACUUAGUUCGGAAAAAGAAAUAGAAAAGCUUGUUGUAUGGAAAGAAGUAUUCAUAAAUGAACAUAGAAAACAAAGUAAAAAUGAUGGUAGCGAAAACAGAAUUCCAGAUGGCCGAUGGUUUAUUCUUAUUGUAGGAAAAGGGCACUUUAUAUUGGCAACGCUAAUGGAAGCGGGAGGAUGUACGGAAGAUGCUGUAGGUGUGACUCCACCGUCACCAUUUUACGUCGAGGAAUGUGAAAGUUGUGUAGAACUGUUAUUCGAAGUUGGAUUAAACAAAUACCUACCAUCGUGGUUCUCAUCUAACACGCAGCCUCAAGUCGAAGUAACGCCCGAGUAUCUUACUAAGCAAGGAAAAAAAUUAAGAAAUGCUUCUUCUAAGUUGGAUGUAAGAAGUUCAUCGAAAGUCUCAAAAGCGCAUCUAGACGUUAAGAGGCGUCACAAUUCUACUGAGCAGAUCAACACGGGGUCCGCAAGUGACAAUUCGAUUAACAACUAUCAUAGCACAAGUCAACAUAAUCUACAUGCGCAAUGGUACAAUGGACCAUUGAAACAAUACAGGCAUUCUAGUUUGGAUGUCAGUUAUUCCGAAGAUUCUGGAAGCUUGAAAAGUAAUAGUGAACUAAGUGAAGACCGUAUAGUUGGUAGAAGAGCGGAUAGAGAACAGAAAAACAGACGCGAUUCGUCAGAAUCUGAUUCGGAUUGGGAUAAACAGGAUGGCAGCAGAUCCAGCAAUAUAGACAUGACGGAUAUGAGAAAAGCUUUAUUAGAUGAACUUAAUGAUGUUGCCGUUCACAAAAUAACAGCAGGGGAAGAAAAUGUGUUAUUCCAUUUUGUACAUUUGGAAUCGGAAAAGGGAAUACUAAUAGCGCCUGUAAAAAAUAUAGAAGUACAAGCAAACAACGCCUUAUAUACAUACAUAUUGAAAACAUUUAGAAGUGCCUCUAAGAAGAUUCAUGACCUACUCCAACACAGUAUUAAGUUUAAACAAAGUGACUUGCCGUCUAAUCCUCUUAAUAAAAUUCUUGUCGCAGUAAAAGAGUAUGGAAUGCUUUUUGAAGCACCGAGUGAAGUAUUGAGUCAGUGUGGGAUUAGUAAGAAGAAUUGUGAACCCUUUUACUUCUGGGUUGUUGGACGCGUGUUUAGUGAACCAGAGCCUCGAGAGCUUUAUUUAUGUUAUCAUGAGUCUGUACCUCAAGAUCUAACAGAAGUUGCAUAUUUACUGUCAUAUUUGGAAUAGAUGUAUAUGUUUAAAGAUGUGAUCUUUUUUAUAUGAAUAAUUUGAAAUUAGACAGCUUAUAUUUUUUGUGAUAAUAAUUAUUGCAAAAUUUAGUUAGACUGUAAGCAAUCUCCACAAUCCGUCCAUUCAAGUUUUAUUUUUCUUAUAUCUAAUAUCGUAUUAUUUUUUAACAAAUAUAUUUUUU